CCGAGCCCUUCCAAGGGGCCGAUCGACUCUGGUCGACUCCGACCUUGACGAUGCACUGCGCCCUGGGCGCCGUGGGUGCCUCUGAUACAUCUCGUUGACUUUACUGCUUACCAGAUGGAAUGACGUGGAUCAGUUGACCAGUUGUGAUAUCCUGCGUACCGAGCCCUCGACCGCGACCAGGUUUGCGUCGCCUCCUCCAAAACGCACGAUCCAGCCCCUCAUCCGUCCUCCGCCUCAUUCCUCUUUUGGCUACCUUCUACCAACAUGGUCCGCAUUGCCUCCAUCGCAUCCCUCGCCGCGUCGGCCACCGCGACCAUUUCCCAGCGUACCCUUCGCGCACUCGAAACGCAAAAGGCCAUCGAUAUCUUGGUCACCUACAAGGCCGGCCCUGGCCUCACCAAGCUCAAUACCGAGUCGUUGUCGCGUGAAGCCCGCGCCCAAGAAGUGUUCAACAUCUUGACGACUGAAAACUUCGCCAUCACCGCGUCCGCCGUGGAAGUCGCCAAAGCUGCCGGAGUGAAGUACACGCAGUACUGGAUCGACUCCGUUGUCGCGAUUGAAGGUGCCAACGCGGAGCUCGUCGCCAAGUUGGAUGCCCUUCCCAACGUCGUCAGAGUCGCCCAAGUGGAAGUGUACGAGUUGCCGGCCUUCCUCGAAUCCAACCUCGUCGCGGCCAACUCCACCAACGAAUGGGGUGUUGAGAUGAUCAGCGCCCCAGUUGCCUGGGCCCGCGGCAACAAGGGCAAGGGCAUCGUCGUGGCCAAUAUCGACACCGGUGUGCGCGGCACGCAUGAAGCGCUCAAGGGCAACUUCCGCGCUCAGAAUGGCUGGUACGAACCCUCCACGAAGUCCCCUGCCCCCAACGAUCGACACGGCCACGGUACCCACACCAUGGGAACGAUUGCCGGUGCCAACGGCAUCGGUGUAGCCCCAGAAGCCCAAUGGAUUGCGUGUGUCGGGUGCCCGGCCGGGUCAUGUCCCCAAACCGAUUUAUUGGCAUGCGCCCAAUUCAUCCUAUGCCCAACCGACACGAACGGCCAGAACCCCAACUGCAAGAUGGCCCCUAGUGUCGUUAACAACUCGUGGGGCUCGUCUCAAAGCGGCAGCACGUGGUAUGAAGCAUCGAUCCUUGCCUGGCGCAAGGCCGGCAUCGUUCCCGUGUUUUCGAACGGGAACUCCGGCCCCAGCUGCGGCACCGUAGGCUCCCCUGGUGACUCCCCCUCGGUCAUUGCUGUCGGUGCUACUGAUAUGACUGAUGCAUUGGCCAGCUUCAGCUCGAAAGGUCCUGAGCCCCUACAAAAGCGCAUCAAGCCUGAUGUGUCGGCCCCCGGUAAGGGCAUUCGCUCCGCUGGUUAUGCCGGCGAUAGCUCGUACGUCUCGAUGUCUGGUACGUCUAUGGCCGCCCCCCACACCACCGGCACCGUCGCGUUGAUGUUAAAUGCCAACCCCGGUGCCACCUAUGAAACCGUGUACAAGUUGAUCACCGGUUCGGUCGAUACGGCCACGUUGAAGCCAUCCACUGCCAACUGCGGUGGUGUGGACAACUCCAAGUACCCCAACAACGACUUCGGGUUCGGCCGUAUUAACGCCAACAAGGCGUCCGCCUCGGGUUCGUCCACCCCCGCUCCUACCUCCGCCAAUCCCGCGUGCUAAGUGCCGAGAAGUGCGUCGGGUGUUUGUUCGCCAAAAUUGGUUUGGGAGCCUGUGUCGAUGUUAAUACGAAUGAAUUGAUGGAACCCAACAACUGUGUGGGAAUCUGCGUUGGGCAGCCAUGUACCAAGCAUCGAAGGAUGCUAGCAUUGAUGGCUCCC